AUGCCUGCCGACUACAGUGGGACGUGGGACCUCGUCAGUAACGUUAACAUUGAAGGAUACAUGGUCUCACUUGGCAUUGAUUUUGUAACACGCAAAAUUGUCUUGAUGUUGAAGCCGCAGAGGGUGAUUAAGCAAGAUGGAGAUUGUUUCAUAAUCAAAACGUUCAGUACUUUUAGAAAUUUGGAGAUCUCGUUCAAAGUCGGGGAGGAGUUCCAAGAGGUGACGACGGGAAUGGACAACCGGACGUGUCAGACUGUGGUGACCUGGGACAAUGAGAAGCUGGUGUGUGUUCAGAAAGGAAAAAAGAAGAACAGAGGGUUGAAACACUGGAUUGAGGGAGACGAGCUUCACUUGGAAAUCACCUGCGAGGACCAAGUCUGCAAGCAAAUUUAUAAAAGGGCUGCGUGAUUUAUUGUUCUUAUGAUUGAUGAAACCAUUUCAUGCU